UCGUCAUCUUAAUUACUAAUAAUAAUAAUAAUCUAAUCCUUUAAAAAAAUAGUGGAGAUGUCUUUCCGGCCAUCUCCGUUCUCUCUCUUCUUUCUCGUCUCUGCUUUUCUCUUCUUCCAUGGCGUCCGAUCCAUAGGUGUCAACUAUGGAACCCUGGGCGACAAUCUCCCGCCGCCGGCGGAUGUCGCGAGAUUUCUCAAGGAAAAAACGGUCAUUGACCGGAUUAAGAUUUUCGACGUGAAUCCUGAUAUUCUCCGGGCGUUCGCCGGCACCGGAAUUUUGGUCACCGUCACUGUCCCCAACGGCGAGAUUAUCCCGUUGAAGGACGGUGGAUAUGCGGCUCAGUGGGUCGCCGCUAAUAUCAAGCCGUUUUACCCGGCCACGAAGAUUAAUAUAAUCGCCGUCGGGAACGAGGUUCUCCACUGGGGCACGCCGGAGAUGAUGAACGGGCUCGUCGCCGCUAUGAGGAGCUUGUAUAAUGCCCUGGUUCAAUCUGGGAUUAAGGAUAUUAAGGUUUCGAGCCCGCAUUCUUUGGGGAUAAUGUUGCGGGCCGACCCGCCGAGUAUGGGCCGGUUCAGGCCGGGCUGGGAUGUGGGGAUUCUCGCCCCGAUGCUCAAGUUUCUCCGCGAGACUAACGGGCCGUUUAUGGUUAACCCGUAUCCGUACUUCGGGUACGCCCCGGAUAAAGCGGAUCUGGCGUUAUUCCGGCCGAACAAGGGGUACGUGGACCGGUUCAGCAAGCGGACAUACGGAAACAUGUUCGAUAUGCUCUUGGACGCGGUUUUUAUGGCGAUGCGGCGGCUCGGGUACCCGGACGUGAAGAUAAUCGCGGCGGAGACGGGGUGGUCGUCGGCCGGAGAGGUGUACGAGCCCAAGUGUACGGUGGAGAAUGCGGCGUCGUAUAACGGCGGGUUGAUGAGGAAAUACGCCUCCGGGAAAGGUACGCCGUUGAUGCCCCGGUCCAAGAUCGAGACCUAUAUUUUCGCCUUGUUUAAUGAGAAUCUCAAACCCGGUUCGAAAGCCGAGAGGAACUUCGGGCUUUUCCGACCGGAUUUUACCCCGGUUUAUAAUGUCGGCAUCUUGAAAGGCCAGCCGACUCCGGCUCUUCCCCAGCCUCGCCCUCAUCCUAAUCCCCAGCCUAAGCCAAAGCCAAAGCCAGCACCGGGACGAACAGGCAAAUUCUGCACGCCAAAAGCCGGAGCAACAGAUGCGCAACUCCAAGCCAACAUAAACUACGUGUGCAGCCAAGGCGUGGAUUGCCGGCCGAUCCAACCCGGCGGCGCGUGCUUCAACCCCAACACCGUCCGUUCUCACGCCGCCUACAUUAUGAACACUUUCUACCAGACAAAGGGCCGUCAACCCUUCCAAUGUGACUUCUCCGGCACCGCCGCCAUAACCUCCGCUAAUCCAAGUCACGGUUCUUGCAAAUACCUAUCUUGAUGGAUGCAUGGGCGGGGAGGUGAGAGUGAUGAGGAAUAACUACGUUUGGAGGAUUAGGUUUGAUGACACAAUGAAGUAUUUAUCCAUUUGUUGUCAGGACUAAUGUUGUAACGAUUGAUGUCGGUUAUAUGCAAUACAAUACUCCGAUGAUGAUGGGUAUGUAGUGUAAAUGCAGAUAUGCAUAUGGUGGGUUUAUCCUAGUAUGUCGGUGGUUGUGGUGUACGAUGUUAGAUCAGUUGGAACCCUUCAUUGUCUCGUAAUUUAUAACUGUAAUUUGCAUAUUCAUUAUAUUGUUGAAUGACGUUUUAUGUUGUACGCUUGAGGAAGAUAGAGACGUGUAUACAAUCCUACUGCGAUUUUGUGUCUA